GAAUAGAGUAUUUAGCAGCCUUCAGUAAAAAUAAAUACUUGUAGACUGAUUUUACUUUAGAAAGCUCAUGUCACCUUCGGUACAGCACAAUGAUUACUUUGCAACACGAGUCAAUUUAAAGGUAUUAUAUUAGUAUGUUCACUAAUCAAUUUAUAUCGAUAUUCGUUAUUAUCAGGUUGAGAGAAAAUCACACAUUUCCUUUGUUCCUAUUGUAAUAAUGUCUUUCGAUCGAACAAGAACAUCAAAAAUAGAAUUUGAAAAUGCUAAUGAACAUCUUUUAAAUAUACAAGUUUCUAAUCAUCUAACAAAGUUGAAUAAAAUACAGUGGGCAUCAUAUUCAAACCAAAAUACACUACCGAUAAAAAUAUUAGAAAUAAUAUUCAAACUUCGAUUACAUGAAAUAACUGACGCCAAGGAUCGCACGAGUUUAUUAGUAAGAGAAUUAUUACAGCGUCACUUACGUCAUUGUACUAUCAUUAAAUAUUUAAAAAAUCUUAAGAAUUAUUCAUUUCUAUGUAUAGAAUCAUUAAACCUUGAAGACUUUGUUACCUUCUCCCCGUACGCUUCGUCAUCAGAUAUACCAACAUAUUUUGACGUUAUUAAUAUGCUCGAGUGGUGUACUUCUAAUCGACAUAAACAUCAUCUGGCUUAUGCCGUUCUAUUUGGCUACUAUUCUGGGCUGUUUGAGACAGAGAUCUGUGGUAUGACAAACGAAAAUUUAAUUCAAUUAUAUUCUCAAGAACCAAUAAUAGCUAUUGAAGGUAAAUAUUCUAAUGGCUGGGAAGCCCCAUAUUAUCAUAAGAUACUUACUUUCAUUGAUGAAUUAGUUGAUGUUUUUUAUGAUAAAAUUGAGUUAUACAGCAUGGGUUUUACAGAUAAACUCUUUGAUAUACUGCCAAGUACAUUUUCAUUUCUGAUAAAUCAAUAUUACAAAAUGGCCGUGGGCAAAAUACCACCAAUCGGAUUUAGUUUACGUUUAAUAAAAUACAUGGUUAAUAGUAUAAUAAAAAAUAAAAAAAUGAGCAUUAAUGAUAGUAACACCAUUAAGUACUUAGAGAUUGAACGAAAUCUUCAAGACAAUUUAAAUUUCAACACAUUUAAUCUUAAGCGUGAUUUAGAAAAAUUAAACCGCAAAUUAAAAAAAGUGUCAGAAAUGAAUUUUUCAAUCAACGGAAAUUGAUUAAUCGAUCAAAUUCUGUUAUUUAGUUGGGAUUCGAAUUUCUUCAUAAAAACAGUACAAGAGCGAAACCUCACUCACAAGGAAGGCAUCUCGAAUGUCUCCCUUCGAGUUUAUUGUUGCCAAGUCAUGUUGUUUUACAUUAAAUUCUCAGAA